GUUCUCCAAUGAAUGGCUCGGCGUACAGAAACAAACGGACAAGUUAGGCGUCUAGUGUCGAACAAAUACAAAGUGGCAACAGCGACGCUUUCAGUUGUGCAAUUUUAUAAUCGUGCAAUUAAAUCGUGUGAUACGAAUUAUUUGUUAUUUGUACUCGUGCGUCGCUCGUCGCCUCAAUGAUUCUCGCCGUUCGGACCACGCGGCAGCGUGCUACGAACGGUAAGAAUCAUUUGAGGACGUGCACACAUUAAAAGAUCAAUUGCCCCCUCAAAACGAGGACAAACCGAGCGGUAAUAAGUAGGAGCGUCCGCCCGGAGAAACGAUCAUUACAGUCGUGUUCGUGUCGGAUACACGAAACGAUGACGGAAUCUCCGAACACACGUUCAAAUCAUUGUCCCGUGGAAAGCGAACGUUUAUACGUGUACCGGCUAAUCUCGCGCAUUAAUACGUACUUUCAUUGAUAAGAUCAUCGAUCACCAAUUCUCAUUGGUGUCCCUACUCAUAAAAUCGGAGCCGCGUGUAUAUUAUUAUUAAAACUGUGCUCCAAAAAUCCAUUCGCCGGUGGUUCCCAGUAAGCGGAGAUCGGCUCUCGUAUCAGUUUGUAACCGUAAACUGCCCGGCACUGUGCCAGACGUACUUUUCAACGCGCAAUCAUGAAAGGCACCGAGAUGGGAGAGAUGAAAGAUAUUGUGCUCCGCGAAAUAGAGCCUCUGCUGCGGCAGAAACUUGGGAACGACGUGAUCGUCGAUAAUUUCACGACGAAAUCCCUGUUGCCGCCCGGUGAGAAUUACGGGAGCACGAUCCUGAAGGUUGACGUUGAGCUGAGAAAAGGGAAGGCAGGUAAAAAGGAGGAGAUCCACCUGAUCGGGAAGAUGUUGCCGCCCACGGAAUUUCAACGGCGCAUCUUCGACACUCCCCGAACGUUCGCCAAAGAAAUUUUCAUGUACGAAACUAUCGCGCCGGCCUACAACAAGAUAGAACUCGAAGCUGGCCUAAAGAUGAACGAGAUAUUCAAUUUUAUCCCGAAGUUCUACGGGUCCAGAAUGUCCUUGCAACCGGACGUCGCAAUGGACGACGAUGCUGUUUUCCUGAUGGAAAAUUUGAAACUCAAGGGAUACUACCACGGUGACAGGAGUAUAGGAUACGAUCUGGAGCAUUCGAGGAUAGCCUUGAAAGCUUUGGCCAGGUUUCACGCUUUAGGGAUAGCCGUCAAACAGAAGAAACCCGGCCUGUUCGAGGUGUUCAAGAUGUACGCGAAGCAGGUGAUACUCGAGAACGACCCCAACAAGGACGUGUUCCUGCUGAUAUCGAAGUCGAUCAAGAACGACCCCGAAAUCAGCAUGUAUCACGACAGAUGCGACAAGGUCUUGAGAGAAAUCGGGGUGAACGGAGUUUGGACGGACGUCCCUCGGGAGCCUUGGUCGUCGAUCGUCCACUCGGACUUCUGGGUGAACAACGUGCUGUUCCAUCGUGACGACAAAGGGCAAAUCGACGAUGUGAAAAUGAUCGAUUUCCAAAUGUACAUUUACUCCAGCCCGUUGCGCGAUUUACACCUGUAUCUAUUUACGAGCGUCGGGAUCGACGUGACGGACGAACAACUCGUAGGCCUUAUGGAUUUGUAUUACGACACGAUUAUAGAGAAAUUGACCCAAUUAGGCUGCAACACGAAAGAUUACACUAAGGAGAGUUUCUGGGAGAAAAUGAAGGAGGACGCGCCUCGUGAAUUCGUGCACAUAAUAUUUAUGAUCAAAGUUCUCACGCUAGACGUGAAGGAGUCGGGUCUCACUCUUAACAAAAUGGACUCGGUCCUAAUAGAUUACGAAGGUAGUAAAAUGUACACCGAUCGACUACGUAAAACUGUAAACUUCUACUGCAAACGCGGCUGGGUACCUCCGCUGAACGAGACAUCCUGAAGGAGUGUAUUUUAAAUGAACUCUUCGUAUGAACGUUUCGCAAAUUAAUUGGAGUUUCGUCGGAGAAAGAAACGGUAUUUUUAUAAUGAAUAAACAGAUAUCUAAAUGGGUAUGUAUUUUUAUAUAAUCGCAGUCCUUAUUGUUUUUCUUUUUUCAAUAAAAAUCGUGUAAACACUUCGUCGUUGUUAUCUUGUUAAGAAGAAUGUAUAAUAAAUGAUAUACAACGACACAAAACGAUAUCAUUCCUUAUCAAUCAAAUUAAUCGCCGUUCGAGUUUAUCUUGAAAUAUUUAUCUGAUGGUAUUAUUCAUUUAAUUUAGACGAGUAUGCUCGUUGAUAUACGACAGAACUCGUGGGUUGCGAACUUGAGGUAAUAAAAAAGCUUCAGCAUAAUAAUUAUUGAGUCAUACAGUGUAUAUGCUAAUUUCGUUAUCAUUCGUCGGAGAAGUUUCGAAUUUAUUUUCAUUUUUGCAAUAUUUUGAAUUAACGUAAAAAGGAGGAACGAAGAAUCUGAAUUGCAUAAUCUAAUAACGUUGUUUCCUUUAUUGAACUAAUAUAAAAUUGACAAUGAAUGUGAUUCAUUGGAUCUGUG